AUGACCGAUCCGUCGACGCUGUUUCAGCCAUCAGACGCCAGCAGCAGCGUGCGCAAGCUGACGCACAAUCCGACGUCGUCGUGGCGCAGCUAUGUCUUCAUGCAAUUGCUGCUGCGAGCGGCAAUCUGGCUUCGCCAACGACGAGCGCGCCAAGCUGGUGACGGAAACCUCCAUCCGCCAGGGCCACAGGACUUUUCCGAGCUUCUCAAAGCGUACGAGACGGGCAAGAACAAGUAUGCUCGACAGCACGGCGUGCGGCUGGACUGGUACCAGCCUUCGUCCGAGUCGGAGCUAUUUGCCUCGGUCUUUCGCUUCGACUGGAGUGCGAUCCGGGUGCUUCGAUUCCAGCCCAAGGCGGGCGCGACGAAUGCGCAGCGCACGGUGGUCUACUUGAAUGGUGGCGGGUUUGUGCAGCCAGCGACGACGGCGCAUGGCUACAUGUGCAGCUUGCUAGCGCAUCGUCUGAAUGCCGUCGUCUACAUGCUCCCCUACGAACUUGCGCCAGCCGGGAUUGCUGCCAGCGAGCUGCCCCGACUGACGGCAUUCUACCUUGCCAUCUCGGCGCACGCUCGAAGCUUGGGUCAAGAAAUCAUCAUUGCAGGCGAUAGCGCCGGUGGUUCGAUCGCAUCCAGCAUGCCACUGUGCAUCCAGCGAUUCGCGCCUCGACUCCUCAGCAAGCCAUUGCUGUCGACGGAAGAGAUCGGCAAACUACAACCCGAUCAGUUGAUCCUCCUUGCACCUGUGACCACGUGCAAUGUCACAGGUGACAUCGUGGAGCAUAUGGAUCGCAUGCAAGCGCAAGACUGGUGGCUGGAUCGAAAGCGGGUGCAGGAGCUUUGCAAGAUGUGGGUGGGAUCGCAAUCGGUGCAGGACACGGCUGUGGAGCAACUGGCAUCUGCAUCCGACGUGGAUGGUGCAGCUGAGAAAUGGCGUCAGGUUCUACCGUUGCAAGCAGAUGAUGCGAUGCUGGAUCCGAUCGCAUCCUCGUCUCUGUUCGAGCUGCUGCAAGAGGCCAAGGUUCACGUCACUCUGUCGUGCGGCACAUCGGACAUCCUCUACGCCUGCGCCUACUACUUUGCCAAGCGAUGCGAACAACAACAGGUCGACUGCACUUUCAUCGAAGGCUCGGGUGGCGUUCAUGUCUAUCCCAUCUUGGGCUUCGUCAUCAGCGAUCCAGGCUGCAUCAAGGGCUCCGAUCUAGUCAUACAAAGCGUGCUCAAGGCGAGUCGUCCGUGGCGUAUGGCAGAGCACGGCCGAGAUCCCGACCGAUGCAUGGCCGUGCAGGUCUCUUGGCAAGGCAAUGCAGACGCCGUAUCCAUGAUUCGCUCGGCGCUCAAGACGGCUAGUCUUUUCUGGAGCGCUGGAGACUGGACAAUGGCGAGCUGGCUGAAGCUGGGUGGUAAGCGGCCUACGCUGCUGCUGCGAUGCUGCGUGCUGAUCGCAGCCGAGCUGGCGGUGAAUGCGUUGCUGUGGAUUGUAGCGGCGAUCGUCUUUCGCCAACGCCCUCGCUUUCUGACGCUAUGUCUUUUGGCGUGGACAUUGGGUUUGCGACAUGGACUCGAUGCGGACCACAUCUCGGUGAUCGAUAAUGCGACGCGACGGAUCGUUUCGCUUAGCCAUACCGGCUCUCUGCGGCCACGACGACCGGUGACGUGUGGACUUUGGUUCUCGCUGGGCCACUCAACGAUUGUAGUGGCUGUGAUCUGCGCGAUCGCGAUCAGCUUGGGCAUCGUCGACCGACUCGGCAAGGUCAGCUCGGUUGGCGGCGUGAUCGGUGCAUCCGUGUCUGGCUCGACCCUCUUUCUCUUUGCGGUGGUCAACUCGGUGCUGCUGUACCAAAGCUUCGCCGCGUCGCGCAGGCAUCGCAGGGCAUCCCCUCGCGACACACAGCAAGCAUGGACACCCAACGCAAGCCCCACCGACGAAGACAAGAUGCCGGCCAAGGCAACGGAUGCGGACGAGGAGCCAAGGGACGACGGCAAGGCGGCAGACCACCGAUUCCGAGGCAUCUUUACGCGCAUCGCCUAUCCGCUGUUUCGGCUGGUGGAUCGACCGUAUAAGAUGUAUCCGGUGGGCGUGCUGUUUGGACUGGGCUUUGACACGGCGUCUUCGAUUGCGCUGUUGGGCAUUGCGGGCGCGACGAAUACGCAGGUGCAGGAUACCGAGCUUGGUUCGGGGGACAACAUUCUACCUACCGAUGCGACGCGACGAUCGGACGCAUCGAUCGUGCUGCUCGCGCUGCUCUUUACGGCGGGCAUGACGCUGGUGGACAGUCUGGAUUCGGUGCUGAUGAUCAACGCAUACGCGCCGGGCGAGCUGCUCGCACCACGAUCCGAGCAAGAUUCGGGUCGAUGGGGAUGGUGGAAGAGAGCUCGCUUCCUCGAAGAUGCGUCUCAGGUCGCUAGGGAGAAGAGCGAUGUCACGACGAGCGAGGUGGAUGCAGAGGUUGACUUGGAUGCGACUACGGAGCGGGGCACAGGAUCGAUGCUGUCGCAGCUGUUGACGCUGCUGUCGAUUCUGCUGGCGUUUGCCAUUUCGAUCAUCACGCUCAUGGGACUGAUUGGGGAGAACUGCGAUCGAUGCGCGAGGGCGGCGUCGAAGCAGGACGACACGCACGACGGCGGUCUGGAGGGACGAUGGUGGCUCUUUUGGCAGCAAGCCAACGAUGCGUCGGGCAUCAUUGGCGCGUGCAUCGUGGGUGGCUUUGCGGCGAUUCUCAUCGUGUGGUACGCCGGCAGGGCCAUCCUCCGUCGCCACGCACCCCGGACCCGUCUGUGCUACUACUUUACUUCCAUCGCCAUCUCCACGACAAACGAAAUGACGGCAGCAUCCGCCGCCAAGCCUACGGGCAGCAGCGCACUCAACGUAUCCACGCUCGCCCCCCUCGGCGCACUCACCGUCGUGGUCUCGCCAUGGGGAUUCUCGACGCUCAAGGCGCUCCUGCUCGAGCCCAUCCGCAUCAACCCUCCCGUCUGGCUACGCAUCCUCCUCGGUCUCGUCGUGCUCGCCAACGUACGUUCCACCCCCUUCGCCUGGCAUCUUCGCGUCCUCUACCCGGCAUUCAAGGCCGUCUUCCGUGCGCGCCCCUGGCUCUCGACCCCCGAGCCACACGCACUCACCCACGCCGCCAUCAAGCCACAACUCAAGACCAGCAAACUCCCGCUCGGAAAGGACGUCUUCAUCGACACCUCCUCCCACAACUUUGUCGCCACGCUCGACGAGUGCGACUGGAACGGUCACCUCUCCAACUCGUCCUACUCGCGCUCCCUCGACUACACCCGCAUGGCUCACAACUCGCCCAGAUUCCUCAAGCUCUACUACGACGGCGGAUGGGUCGCCCUCGGUGGCUCGGCGUUCAACUUUCACCGCGAGAUCCCCUUGCUCGCUCGCUACACCAUCCGUAUGAGUCUCGAAGCGUGGGACGACAAGUGGCUCUACGUCGUCGGCAGAUUCGUCGCCCCCGCCAAAGCUUCUGCCAAGAACGCCGCGGCUUCGGCUCCUACCAACGCCGUCACCGAGAUGCUUCAACCCGGAGAACAGCUCUACUGCACCUCGAUCUCGCGCUACGUCUGCAAGUCUGGCCGACGAACCAUCCCACCCUGGCUCGCCAUCGCCACCUCGGGCUACGGAACCCACGAGGCCACGCGCUCCAACUGGCAAAAAGCAGAGAAGCUCCGUGCCUACUACCUCGAAAAGGAAAAGAAGGCCUACCUCGCAAAGUCGGGCAAGAAGCCAGUUAUUCGCGCAGUGGAUCCUGUUGGCCGGUACGACUACGCCCAGGCGGCGUUGAUCUCGUCGUACUGGGACUGGCCCGCGGGCGAGCGACCAUACUGGUCCAAAAACACAAACCACCUGUUGCUCGUGUUCUCCUGGAAGUAG